UCAAAAAGCCAAACAAGUUUGUAAAUUCUGUCGAUCAGUAAACAUUUAAAAAUCAAUUUGUUUAUGAGAAUUAGGUAGAGAAAUAAUAAAAUUUCACCUUCACGACACAGUUUUGGUGUAACCAGCUAUCUUUAGAUGACUUUAGGACGUAAAUACCAGAGUUCUUCCGGGAAUGCGGGGGACGCUCGAAAGAUGUAUUCUAACCAGUCGAAGGUUGGGACUCUCUCAGGGUGUUCGUCUUCAGUGUCACUCUCCGACAUGAUCGAGCCACCCGACUACGAGGAGGUGUGCGAGCGUCUGAUGGGAGAACGCGACCCCCUCGCCUAUCCCACCAACGACGUGGAGGUAGUCACCGUACCGCGACGUAUCCGCACUCUCGGACAUGUGCUGCCUGAUGAAGACCUGAGUAAAGCUCCAAUGUUCGUCCGAGACUGUAUAGCAUGCUACACGGCGGACUAUACGGUGGUGGAGCACAAGUACCGCAUGUACUCGGGAUCCGCCAGUGGCCGCGAACGUUUGGCCGAGCGGCUCGACAAACUGCUCGCCGGCCCGCAACAUUACUACGAAAUAGACGCCGAGCACAGCGCCUCAAUGGAAGAGCUAGCUCUGCCGCAGUUUGAAUCUCAACCAUCGAGUGGUCGCCAGUCCGUCGCAUCGAUAUCUUCGUCGUCCUCGUGUAAUGAGACUCUCACCCCGCGAGGCUCCUGGGCCAGUCUGGACCUCCGCAGCUCCUCCUCUGACCCUUUGCUACCAGAAAUAUUCGAGAAAAAAGCUCCCGAGCAAGUAGACGCCAUCAACGAAGCUAAAAGAAUGGAGAACCGUCAGUCGGACCUGCUGGGUCUGUACGCGCCGUAUCUUGACGAGGAGGAAGCAGUGGAGAGACGACUUGCAGCGGAAAUGCCCUGCGAGCUCAUGGGGCACAGGAUACUCGUGGUCUGCCAUCAGUUGAAAUUGGAGCUGGAUGUGGAGCCGCUAUUCGCGUCGAUGGCUCUCUACGACGCCAAAGAGAAGAAAAAGCUGUCAGAGAACUUCUACUUCAACCUGAACUCGGAGUGCACGCGGCAGAUGCUGUCGCCGCACGUGCCUCACGCUGACCUGUCCACCUUAAGCCGGAGUGCCGUGUUCGAUAUACUGAACCCGUCACCCGACAUCUUCCUGGUCGUGAGGGUGGAGAAGGUGCUUCAGGGGGAUGUUAAUGAGUGUGUGGAGCCUUAUAUCAAAGAUGACAAGAACCGCGAGAAGGUGCGUGCGUCCGCGCAGGCGGCUUGUACGCGACUGGGCAAGUACCGGAUGCCGCUGGCUUGGAGCGCGGUGUCUCUACUCAAUAUACUGAGCGGAUCCAACAGCCUGGAACGAGACACGACUCACACAGACCACACCGGCUCACAUACCAACAGCCUCGACAGGAAGGCUUCGUCUAGUAGCCUGGAACAGCUGCGGAGACGUGCGGGUGAGGUGGGGGGCUCGCUGUCUCGGAAGGGCUCAGUCGAGCGCCGCGCCCCGCCCGACGACCUCGCAGCACAGCUGGACGGGUUCAAGACUAUAGCCAUCACCGUCACCAGCUUCUUCAAGCAGGAAACAGAUAAACUACGGGACGAAGAUCUCUACAAGUUCCUGGCUGAGAUCAAAAGACCGAGUUCGGCGCCCAAGAAGUUAAAGUGCAUCCCUGGAACAUUGAAGAUUGAAGUAUCCUCCUGUCCUGAUGAAAUUAAGAACGGUCUCACGCCAGAGCUGGCUAAAUUGGCGCCUUUCACUGAGGAAAACGUCCGUCCCUGUAAGGAGGUGCUGUCGUUUCCUCUCACGCCGCCGGCCCUGCCUCACAUCCAGUACCGCAACUUGUUAUUCCUCUUUAUCCGUGAGCUGAAUCUGUCUGCAUACGCGUCGAGAGCCGUUUCAGCGAGGAAUAUCACCGUCAGGAUUCAGCUAAUGUCUGGUGAAGACCAGUCGGCAGCUCUGCCCGCUAUAUUCGGGCGAAGCUCUUGCCCUGAGUUCAGCACCGAAGCGUAUACUACUGUGCUGUAUCACAACAAGAAUCCAUCGUUGUAUGACGAGAUCAAGCUGAAGCUGCCAGCCGACCUCGGGGACCAGCAUCACCUGCUAUUCACAUUCCUUCACGUUUCCUGUCAGAGGAAACCGGUCGCCCCAGAACAGGAGAAGAGCGUGGAAACUGUGCUGGGCUACUCGUGGCUGCCGUUGUGCCGGAACGGGAAGCUGUCCAGCGGCGAGUACAGCCUGCCGGUGAUGCAGGAGGAGCCGCCUCCUAACUACUCGUACAUCUUCCCCGACGUGUUGCUGCCGGGGACGAGGUGGAUCGACAACCACAAGCCCAUCUUCACCGUGGCCCUGGAGGCUCACACUACAGUACAUCCGCAGGACGGUUACAUCGAGCGCUUCGCGAUGGCGUGCGAAGCUGUGCAGGAGGGCAACAUCCCGCCGAGGAUAGGGCUCGCGAACAUGGAGGCGGAACUCAGAGCGAGUAUAUCAGAGCUGCCGACGGCCAACGUGGAGUCCUUGGCCCGGUACCUGCCCGUGGUGUGCGACAAGUUGGUGUCGCUGUUGGCGGCGCCGCCCACGCUGGCCGGAGCCGCGGCGCCCCUCAACAUAGCGCAGGACGUCUUCACGUGUCUGGCUCACCUCUUCACCGACAUCACGAAUAUGAACGAGGGUUCCACGUGUGACGCUCACGGUCGUUCGGGCCUCCUCAGUAGCUACAUACACUAUCAGUGCCGCAUACCGCGACCCGCGCUCGGCCAUACCGACGUGGGGCUCCCUCUGCCACCACACGUUCUAGCCGACGGCUCCUGUAAGAUCCUGCACGAGGAGUUGGCUCUGCAGUGGGUGGUCGCCAGCGGGGCCACCCGGGACCUCGCCAUGCAAAACUCUUGGGCGUUGUUCGAGCUGAUGGUGAAGUCCAUGUACGAGUACGUGUACUGGAGCGGCGCGCACGAGGCUCCUCGCAGGAACCGCUUCCCCGAACACUACACGGACGACCUCGCCACACUACUCAACUACGUCACAGCUGAGAUCAUCGCCAAAUACGGCAAGAACAGCCGCCUGACCCAGAGCCUCAACAACAGCCUGGCCUUCUUCCUGUUCGACCUGCUCAGCAUCAUGGACCGCGGGUUCGUGUUCACCCUCAUCCGCGGCUACCACAAACAGAUGAGCGCCAAAAUAGCCUCCCUACCGGACGCCGUGCCGCUCGUGCACUAUAAGCUGUCGUUCCUGCGUAUCAUCUGUUCUCACGAGCACUACGUGUCGCUGUGCCUGCCGCCGGGCGCUCCGUCGACGCCCUCCCCGGCGCCUUCCUCGCGCUCGGCGACCUCGGACGAGGGUCGCAAGCCGGCUCUGUCGCACGACUUCCGCUGCCGACACUACCUGGUGGGCCUGCUGCUGUCCGACCUCACCGCCGCCCUUGAACUGCAGAGCCCGGUGCUGCAGUGUGCUGGUGUGAACGCGGUGCUGUCUCUGCUGUCGGCUCACGACGCGGAUCCUCGCCUGUCAUCUCCGGACGUAAAGGCUCGCGUGGCGGCCCUGUACCUGCCGCUGGUCAGCAUCGUGAUGGACGCCCAGCCUCAACUCUACAAGGGAUUCGACGGCGGGAAAGAAAUUCUUCAAUUCGAUGGCGAGAUGAGCGCUUUCGGCAACAUGUACGCCGGCUCACCCGAAGGAGAUUUCAAACAGAGCGGCCGUCCACCCUUCAACAGUGAAACCUCUCGCAACCUGCUGAUGUGUCUGGUGUGGGUGCUCAAGUGGUGUGAGCGCGGCGCCCUGGCCGCCCUCGUGGCAGACCUUCCGCCCGCCCGGCUCCACUCACUGCUGGCUCUGCUGGACCUGUGCUUCAAGUGCCAGGAGUACAAGGGUCGCAAAGAAAUCAUGAAGUGCGCCCAACAGAACGUCCGAAAGACGACCGACAUCAAGGCGAAGCUCGAGGACGUGAUCUUGGGCCAGGGCUCCGCGCGGUCAGACUUCAUCAUGAGGCGGAAAGGUGGAUCAUCGGGUCGGUGUGCGGGUCGUGAGCGUUGGCGUAAAGAUUGGGUCCGCGGGGGACGGUCCAGGCCCUCGUCCCCUGCUCGCCCCCGCCCAGCUCUCGCGGCCGCCCUCGCCGCAGACCUCGCUCUGACCUUACUGCACGCUCUCGAUACUCUCGUACAGUCAUGCAGCGGCCUGGAGUGGUCGCAGGCGGCGUGUAGCGGCGCGCUCGGUGUGUUGCUGCGGGCGCUGCAACGGAACCAGAGCGGGGUCGUGCUGCAGCACAUGUUCGCGUCCAUGCGAGCUCUCAUACUGAAGCUGGGCUGGUCGUGGUGCUCCGAGGAGGCCGGGCCCGGCACAUGCCGCGUCCUGUUGCGUCACUGCGCCGCCCUGGGAGCCACCACCCGCGCACACGCCGCCGCGGCGCUCUACGCCCUCAUGAGACACCACUACCACCUGGGACACAACUUCAGCCGUGUGAAGAUGCAGGUGACGAUGUCCCUGUCGUCGCUGGUGGGCACCUCCACCACCUUCAGCGAGGAAUCUCUGCGGCGCGCCCUCAAGACCGUCCUCAUGUACGCCGAGCACGACCAGGACCUACAGGACACCAACUUCCCCGAACAAGUGAAGGACCUGGUGUUCAACCUGCACAUGAUCCUGAGCGACACGGUGAAGAUGAAGGAGUUCCAGGAGGACCCGGAGAUGUUGCUGGACCUCAUGCACCGCAUCGCCCGCGGCUACCAACACUCCCCCGACCUCCGCCUCACCUGGCUCAGCAACAUGGCGCAGAAACACAUGGAGCGCUCCAACCAUCUGGAGGCGGGCAUGUGUCUGGUGCACGGAGCGGCGCUGGUCGCGGAACAGCUGCGGGCGGCCGGCCGGGGCGCGGCGCUGCUGGCCAAGGUCACGCACAACGCACUGGACGAGAGCUGCGCGGACCCCCUACAUCACCACCUAACGCCACACGAGCUCCAGGCGCUGCUGGAGCACGCGGCGAGCGAGCUGAUGACGGCCGGCAUGUACGAGACGGUGAACGAGGUGUACAAGGUCCUCAUACCGAUAGCCGAGGAACACAGGGACUACAAGAAACUGGCCAACAUACACGGCAAACUAAACGAAGCCUUCACUCGCAUCGAUCAGCUGCACGGGAAGCGCGUGUUCGGAACUUACUUCCGAGUGUCGUUCUACGGAGCCCGCUUCGGAGACCUGGACGGGGAGGAGUUCGUGUACAAGGAACACGCGCUCACCAAGCUGCCGGAGAUAUUCAGCAGGCUGGAGAACUUCUACGGCCAGCGCUUCGGCGCGGAGAACGUGGUUAUAAUAAAGGACUCGAACGUCGUGGACGUGUCCUCGCUGGACCCCGACAAGGCCUACAUACAGAUCACCUACGUGGAGCCCUACUUCGAGCCGCACGAGCUGCGCACGCGCAUCACACACUACGAGAGGAAUUAUAAUAUCAAGCGUUUCAUGUACGCGACCCCGUUCACUGUGGGCGGGCGGGCGCACGGCGCGCUCGGGGAACAGUGCAAGAGGAAGACCUUGCUCACCACCGCCCACCACUUCCCAUACGUUAAGACCCGCAUUCAGGUGGUCCAACGAACGCAAAUAAUUUUAACACCCAUCGAAGUCGCCAUUGAAGAUAUACAGAAGAAGAUCACGGAGCUGGGUGCUGCCACGAGCGCUGAGCCGGCCGACCCUAAGAUGCUCCAGAUGGUGCUGCAGGGCUGCAUCGGCACCACGGUCAACCAGGGUCCGCUGGAACUGGCCCAGGUGUUCCUCGCGCCAGUAGUGGAGGGACAACAACCGCCCACAAGACUCACAAACAAAUUACGCCUCGCCUUCAAGGACUUCUCCAAAAAAUGUCACGACGCUUUAAAGAAGAACAAGAAUUUAAUAAGCAGCGAGCAACGCGAAUACCAGCGGGAGCUGGAGCGCAACUUCCAGCGGUUCACGGAGCGCCUCGCGCCGCUCAUACUGGCCACGCCCUCGCACGUGGCGCAUCUCACAAACGGUUUGAGCAAGAGCGACUACAAACAUCAGGCUUAGAUCCCGCGACGACAUCAGUAGUGGAUGUCACACUCAUGUAAAAAUGCAUUUAACCGACGUGUAUAUAUAACUCCGUUUAGAGCAACCGUAA